AAAAAAAACACAGUUAUGGGAUAUCUAGAUAGUUGUUCCGGGACUGAAGUUCUAUCCAACGAGGGUAUAAAUUGUGUGAAUAAACGGUUAACUUACCAGCUUAGUUGCAUUCUGUAAAAUUUGAUAAGAGUUAAGGGAGGAUUAUAGUAAAAAAAUAGCCAAGCACCAAGUACUGAAAUCACAGGGUGACGCGAAUGCGACUGGGUUAUGCAAAAAUAACUGUCUUUCGUCAUUUAUAAACGUACAUUGCAUGUGCUGCACACGAACGUUCAGGACGCAUAGUUUCUUUAGGGAUGGGAGGUACGUUUUUUAAGGUAGCUAUGAUAUGGUUAAUGUCAUCCCACACCCUUCUUUGGCGUUUUUCGUCUGCAGACUGAAAAAUCGUUGUUUUUAAUUAUUGCUAACGAAUUAAUUAACUUCGUCAAUGCCGCUAAUUACUUAUUCCACAAACAACACGGGCGUUCCUGAGUUGAGAGAACAUGAAAAAGGCUUAAAAAAUCUCGAGCUGGAGGUUUAUUUCACCAGGAACGCACGGAAAUAUGUUAUUUCUUGCUUCUAUAUUAUUAUUUUCACAUCCUUGCUUUUACCAGCGAAAUAUAUAAUAACAUUUGACCAAUCAGAGAGCUCGUACUAUGAUAGCUAUAAUAUAAAUCAUUUUUGAUCUGAUCAUUCGUGGUUGGUUAAUUCAUUACAUGCCUUAUCUAUAUUUCUAUCUUUCAUGUCUAACCAACUCGACUGGUAACUACUCUUUGGUUUUACAAUUUAUCGUUUAUUGAUUCAUUGUCUUGAUUUGUUUAUUCAAAAAAUUAUAAUAAAAAACAAAUACCACCAUCAACAACAACAAAAACAAACAACAACAAAAAAACACCACCAAAAAAGAAAGAAAGCUACUUGAAUUUGAUUGGUGGAUUGUACCCGCCCUUUUGUACAGCUCCGCUGAUCAUGUCUGAAGGCUCACAAUGUGAGGCUUUUUGCCGCGUGGUAGUCGCUCGCAGAGUAUGUCACAGGAGUCAACUGGAAGUGAGUCAUCAGAGCUUUCAAACACAAUGUCUGAUGGAACCUUUCAAGAKCUCCAAAUGCAAGUUGGUUCAUGGAUCCCAGGAUGAGCCUGUGCCAAGUACCUCGGGACAAACUUUCCAUUCACUUGUACCACCAAUACAGCCCGCUCCCCUGGYYUAUCCAASUUAUCCAAAUAUUUUAAGUGUCGUACCCUCUCAUUGGUUACACUCAAAGGAAGAUUUUCCAGGAAUCUAUGGUUUUCAUCUUGGAUUUGAAGAGGAGAGACUACCCGUCGUGAGGGCAUCUCCAUGGACCUACUCACCAACUUURAAGAAGCUCUACGGCAAGAAUAGAGUUGAUAUACCAGUGAGGAUAUUCCUUAAUGCUCCCCCAGAACUUUGUCACCAAUUGCAAUUGAGGAUUGUAGUGAUGUUUUCAAAAGCCAACCAUUCACGAUCAGUAGUUUGUCGAUGYCGUAACCAYGAGUCUUCAGAUGGCAGAAAACACAUUCUGGAGUCAUGCAAUAGUGAUGCAGUCUAUGGCACAGAUCAAAAUGAAGGACAUCAUUGGGUGAUCUUACCCAUUAGAAAUCCUGAAGUUGGACAGCAAUACAUAUUGGAGUUUCUAAGAUUCAUAUGCCUUAACACUUGCCCUGGUGGUCCAGAUAGGAGAAGCUUCCAUGGUGUAUUUCUCCUUGAACAAGAUGGCAACCUCAUUGCAAGACAAARGCUAGAUUUAAAAAUUUCUACAACCCCUGGCAGGGAUCGGCCAAAAGAAGAAAGGAAAUUUACAGCUCAACAAAGACCAUCUCAGUUGAUGCGCAAAGUGAAGCAAGAACCAACUGUUCAUCAAGAACGUUCACAACCAAGUAUUGCUGUGAAAACAGAGGAUGAAGAAAACCAGAUUUUCACAAUUCAGAUCAGAGGGAGGAAACGUUACGAAGAAUUGCUGCGUUUAAAAGAGGCUUUGGAAAUCCGAGAUCUUGUCGACUCCAGCUCGUUAGCCAACUACAGAGCGAGCUGUCCACCAUCGGGGCCGAACUGGCUUCUACGACAACAGAGCGAACAACUAAAUUCAUCUUAUAUUCAGGAAACAAUGACAAAUUCAACCAACGGUCCUUCAACGUCGGGAUUCAGCCAAGGUCGUGAAUSUACGAGAGGUCGGCAGCGAUUCUUGCACAAACGACAUCGAAGUGAUAUCGCAACAACAUCAACAGCAACAACAACAACAGUCCCACUCAGUGACUCCAGUGACUAACUGAGAAUAUUUUAUUGGCAUGCGAAAAAAUGGUCUCAGUCGAGUCACUUGCGUGCAAUGCAUUYUGGUUAAGCAAGCUGUCAAUCAAACAGAGCACACUGUAUAUAUCACGCUCUCCGAGCAGCUUGGAACGCCAUCGAUGCUAUAAUGUAUAUAGGUCUUAAAAGUUAUAAACUUCAGUGGAUACUGAUUUUAAAAGUCAUAAAUUUGGAUUAAUUGAAUUGAAAUUUGUUAUAAACUUUUAAUGGAAAAAAUUUGAAAAUUUAUAAUAACGCGUUUGAAGUUUUUACAGACUAACAAAACAACGCGCAAAAAUACGGUGAUAUAAGAAUACCCAGAAAAAUGUAAAAAGUAUAAAAUUAUUUGUUCCAGUUUCUGUUUUAGGAAAAUAAAACUUUUAUUAUAGA